GAGGAGGGAGGGAGAGAGGGAGGGAGGGGAGAGAAGGAGAGCUGGGGGAGGCGGGGGGAGGAAGGGAGGCGCCCCGCUCCGCGGCUCCUCCGUGUCCUGCAAACGCUCGGCGGGCGCUUUCCUGCGAGCAGCGCGCUCCGGGCCAAGCGCCCAUUUGCAGCAGCAGCCCGAGGGGGCGGGGAGGGAGGGGGCCGUGGCCCACCAGCCAAGGGGGCGGCUUCUCCCCUCAAAACCGCCGCCAAAGUGCUAGAGCCGGCAGAGGCGCGGGAGAAACGAGCGAGUAAGAGAACGCCCUGGUCGUGGCCGCCGCCGCCGCCGCCGCAGCCGUAGCCGGUUCCCGUGCAGGAGCAGCUCCCAGCCCGGCCCGAGGCAUCUCCAAGCGGACUCACCCCGGCCGAGCGCGAGCGGCCGCCCCUCUUCCGGAGUGGGGCAGGGCAGGGCAGGGCAGGGCAGGGCAGAGCCGUGCUGCCGCAGCACUUGGCCGCCCGGCGGCUCUCCCCUCGGAGGCGGCACGGGGCUGGGACUCAGGAUGCCCCUGCGGAGCCAGGGAGCUGGGCAGGAGCAGGUCGCCGGGGCGCCCCCAGCUCCGCGCCCUCGGAUUAGCCGCAGCUCCCACCCAGGGAUUUGAAGCUGGACCCCGCGUGGGACCGCCCCAUCUCCGGCCUCUGACAGAGCGGCGGCCCCGCGGCCAAGAUGCUCGCGAAAGGUCACUAUGUGAAGUUGUUCCUGGUGCUUUGUGGCCUGGAGCUCCAGGUGGGCGUCUGCUGCCCCGUGGACUGUGUGUGCUACCCGGCGCCCAUGACCGUCAGCUGCCAGGCACACAACUUUGCCGCCAUCCCCGAGGGCAUCCCCGAGGACAGUGAGCGCAUCUUUCUGCAGAACAACCAGAUCAGCUUCCUUCUCCCAGGCCACUUCAGCCCCUCCAUGGUCACGCUCUGGAUCUACUCCAACAACAUCACCUUCAUCGACCCUGACACCUUCAAGGGCUUUGUGCACCUGGAGGAACUGGACCUGGGGGACAACCGCCACCUGCGGACUUUGGCCCCCGAGACCUUCCAGGGCCUGGCCAGACUGCACGCCCUCUACCUGUACAAGUGCGGCCUCAGCUCCCUGCCCGCCGGCAUCUUCGGCGGCCUCCACAACCUCCAGUAUCUCUACCUACAGGACAAUCACAUCGAGUUUCUGCAGGACGACAUCUUUGUGGACCUCGUCAACCUCAGCCACUUAUUCCUCCACGGCAAUAAGCUCUGGAAGCUCACCCAGAACACCUUCCGCGGCCUGGUCAACCUGGACCGCCUGCUCCUACAUGAGAACCACCUGCAGCUGGUGCAGCCUCGGGCCUUCCACGACCUCCAGAGACUCACCACCCUCUUCCUGUUCAACAACAGCCUCUCAGAAGUGCAGGGCGACUGCCUCACCUACCUGGGGGCCCUCGAGUUUCUGCGGCUCAACGGCAACCCCUGGGACUGCGGCUGCCGGGCCCGGUCCUUGUGGGAGUGGCUGCGGAGGUUCCGGGGGUCCAGCUCCAGCGUGCUCUGCGCUUCCCCCGAGUGGAUGCAGGGCCGGGACCUGAAGCUGCUUCAGGCCCAGGAUUUCAGGAACUGCACAGGGGCCGAGUCUCUGCACCAGCUCAAGUCCCACACGCUUGCCACCACCGACCGGGCCGCUCACAAGGAGCAUCCCCCUCCUGCCCACGGCGGUCCCAAGGAGAAGGGGUCCCAGCACAGCUUCCAUGGCCACCAGCCCGGCUCCCGUCCGGGUUCCAGGAAGCCUGGCAAGAACUGUACUAACUACAGGAACCGGAACCACAUCUCCAAGCCGGGGGCUGGUGGGGCCCGGAAAAACGGUCACGAGGUCCAGGACUACAUACCCGACUACCACCACAAGUUCAGCUUUGACAUGAUGCCCACAGUACGCCCCAAAAAGAAGGGCAAGUGUGCCCGGAGGACCCCCAUUCUUGCGCCCAGCGGGGUGCAGCAGGCCUCCCGGGGCAGCGCGCUCAGGGCCUCCCUCCUGGCGUGGAUCCUGGUGCUGGCGGUUACCCUCCGCUGAGAGCGCGGGAGGGCGGUUGGCGCAGGGCACUGCCACCUAUCUACAAAGGAACAGAAUUUCUUUUUUCUUUUUUUCCACGUGGAGGAUGUUCUGGUUCCAGGGAAAGAAUGGCGGAGGCUUUGGCCAGUCUCUGUCCACGGUCCGGCGGAUUGUUAAGCCCAAACUGUACAGCACCCUCGGAGGAAGGGGAUUUAGAGGCAUCGUCCACCCAGCUGUCACGAACGGCCCUGUCAGAGCACCCCGAAACUGCCCACCCCGGUGAGGAGACAAAACAAACCCUUUAAAAGGACACGAACUGAUCCUUCACGGACCACAACUGUACAGACGCACAGACCAGAGCUGUGUUCUCUACAGAAUCCUGCUCGCUCUAACGGGGCUCAAGACGAGAGGAGGAGGAGGGUCGCCGGAGAAGUCCCCGAAGGGCAUGGACACGCCGCGGAUGGCCCUCACGCGGACGAUGCUCGGACCACCUCCGGCCCCUCGGCCUUCAGGCCUCUCAUUCCCGGGUCUCGGGCAACGCUGGCCUCCCGAGGAGCCGACGAACGACCAAAGGAAAGGUUGUCGGAGGCCGGAACUGGAACUUCCCUGGGAGAAAUGAGGCUCUCGGCGAAGGCGGGGUUCCGAGACUGUUCACUUAUAUAUAUACUCUCUCUCUUUCUAUAUAUAUAAAUGCACAGGCCCUCCCCUUCAGUUAUCAAACUGUACCUCUUAUAUCAUGUUUAUAAACUAUAUGGAAACGGUAUCUGCUGAAGCGAAGGACUGUAGUGGUGAAUUUUUAGUCGGGGAAAACGUUCCAUCAUUUUUUUUGGUCUAGAACAACAUGGCAGCCAUAUUUACCAAACCCCACCCUGGCACGGUCCGAGGUUAGGGGGCGAUGGUGGAGGGACUGGGAGGUGGCAAGCGUCACUUCAGGGGACCAAUUAGCGCAUAGGGCACUUUUUUAUAUGCAAUCCAUUCCCAUCUACCUCCCCUCCCCCUCUGCCACCCCCUCGCACCUCCUAGAGCAGCGUCUGUGCCCCCAGAGCCGCUGGGGGGCUCCCGAGGGAGUGGGGGGGGGGACGGAAGAGCUGAACGGUGACGCCCUUUCAAACAGUGUUAGUCCAACAGGUGUGGACGGUGUAGCUAGCCCAGGGAGUGGGCCAAGAGGAUGGGGUGCAGAGACUCGCGCCCCACCGUUCGGCAUAACCCAGCCGAUGACUUUCCUGAAGCCUGGGGGAGAGGAAGCCCUUGGCAGAGAAGGGUAGGAAGAGCAGCGGGGAGCCAAAGGGGGCACCACUGGGUACACCAAGAAAGGUAAAGGCGGCCCCUGCCCUCACGGAGCUUCUGUUCGGAUGGGGGGCCACUCGCGGGGGGGGGGGCGCUGGGAAGAGCAGCCCCCAAGUGGUCCCUGCAGGAGAGAGCCCAGGAAGAGGGACUUUCACUCUCGCACUGCUCGAUUCACAAGCUAGGGAGAUUUUAGUGGGUGGAGGAAAGCAUGCCAUGGGGAGGAGCUGAGCCCCGGCGGCUAGGACCCUUUCUGUCUUUGAUCCCAAAGCCCCCUCCUCACCUUAGCACAGCCCCCCCCCUUCCCCACACACGAGGGUUGCUGAUAAUUCUUCUGCAUUUUGCACAAACAGCAAACACAAAUUUCCCAUCGGAGAGGGUGUGAGAGGAAAGAGACACUGAAUCCAAUUAGGGAGAGAAAAACAAUAAAAAAAAUGAUCUUGGACAAGAAAA